AUGUUGAGCUCCAGCUCCUCCAGCACCUCGGCCGGCAACUUGUCGCUGGAAGUUUCUAUGAUUGGCAGCGCAGGCUUGACAAUGUCCUUGAUGUUCUGGUGCGACGAGAGCAGUCUCCACACGUCCAACACCAAGGUCUCGGUCUUUUUCGACGGUGAGCCCAGAUACGUCUUUAUAAUUGCUGUGAGAGCGGUAAGUUGGACCUGUGUCGACUCCGAAUCGAACGACUGGUACAGCGACGUAAGGAUAUCUGCCGAGUUGGCGAUCGAGGUGCUAUAUUCUCCCAGGAUCCAGAAAAUAGACCCGCGGGAGUCGGAGUCAGUUAACAAAUCCACGUUUGCAACCAAUGCCUCGAUCAAAUGCGAAGAAGCAAGCAGGUCCGCAAGCAUGUCGACCGACCGGUCGGCCACAGCAGGGAUCUUGAUGGCAAGGUUUCCGAUUGCACGGAUGCUCUUGCGCACCAUCUGGUCGUCGAUCUCCAAGGCGUACUCCUCAAGCUCGUGCAGCACCACGUCAAUAUUUCUCUCGUUGGCCAGCAAAAAGAUCAGUUCCAGUUUCGUGUCCUUGAUGUACACCGGGUCGUCAAACUGGCAAAAAAACAUCGAAACAGAAAGAUUGAGCAUCUCUGCCUUGUCGAGCAGCAACAGAAUCACGUUCCGCAUGGUGAGGAACUGGAUCUCUGCGGGCUUGGACAUGAGGUUCGAAAUGCACCCGGAAACCCGUUUGGGGAUCACCGGCAGAACGUCCACGAAAUUGCGGAUCGGAGAGUUGAUUGGCGGAGCCGCAGACAGCUGUGGAGACACAAUAUCCAAAGAGUCGUGUUUGGAGUCGGCCAAGUCGACGAAGUCCUCGAUCGGGUCGUCAAAGUUGUCGUCAAAGUUCUCAUACUCCUCGAGUUUGCCCUUGUUGUACACCAUGCCGUCCUUAAACGUCUCGAUGAGCGAUCCAGAACCUUGCCAGCCCGUAGAGAGCUUAAAGUCCGUUUCCUUAAGCUCGAUCUUGCGUUUUCCAGAGUCCAUCGAAAGAGUCGAGUUGACUCUUUUAUGGAGCCCGGACUUGCCCAAGGAAGCAGACCUCGAAUGUGGAGGCGACUUGUUGGCGUCUUUGUUUUUGGCCGAGAUCAGCGACGAGUUCGAGAUCUUGCGAACAACACCGAUCGAGGAAGACCGGCUUCGUGUUCCGUUGUGCGCAGAGGUGUCCACCUCUCCAGAAAUGACUUUCUCCAGCAAUCCCUCGUUGAUGUAG